GGGGGGGGCACUUAGCCUCUUGGACAAGUCUUUUUGCCCCACUGUCAGGUAGCUGAGAGGGAAUUUGUUUGUCCAAAGAACUAGUAGACAUGGAUAUGGCAGACUAUAGUGAUGCCCUGGACCCAGCCUACACCACCCUGGAGUUUGAAAACAUGCAAGUGCUCUCCAUGGGCUCAGACUCCUCGCCGGCUGAGAGUGCCAACAUGAACGCUGCCAACCACCUUGGAGCGGGCACCCUGUGUGCCAUCUGUGGGGACAGGGCCACGGGCAAACACUAUGGGGCCUCCAGCUGUGACGGCUGCAAAGGCUUCUUCCGUCGGAGCGUUCGCAAAAACCACAUGUACUCAUGCAGGUUCAGCAGACAGUGCAUUGUGGACAAAGACAAGAGGAAUCAAUGCAGAUACUGUCGAUUGAAGAAAUGCUUUCGAGCUGGCAUGAAAAAAGAAGGUAUACAAUUCAUUCAACUUCAUUCAAAUGCUGUACAGAACGAGAGAGACAGAAUCAGCACCAGGAGAUCUAGCUAUGAAGACAGCAGUUUACCAUCUAUCAAUGCAUUGAUCCAGGCAGAUGUACUCUCAAGACAGAUAUCCUCACCUGGACCUAUACUGAAUGGUGACAUCAGGACGAAAAAGAUAGCGACCAUCACAGAUGUGUGUGAAUCAAUGAAACAGCAGCUGCUGGUGCUGGUGGAAUGGGCCAAGUACAUCCCUGCCUUCUGUGACCUGCCCCUGGAUGACCAGGUGGCAUUGCUGCGAGCCCAUGCUGGAGAGAAUCUUCUGAUUGGAGCUGCAAAGAGGUCUAUGUUGUACAAGGACCUCCUGUUACUAGGAAAUGACCACAUUAUUCCCCGGAACUGCCCGGAGUUGGAAGUGAGCCGAGUAGCAGUGAGGAUUCUGGACGAGCUAGUGCUGUCCUUCCAGGAGCUCCAGAUAGACGACAAUGAAUACGCUUGUUUGAAAGCCAUUGUUUUCUUUGAUCCAGAUGCCAAAGGUCUGAGUGAACCAGGUAAGAUCAAGCGGAUGCGUUACCAGGUUCAGGUCAGCCUAGAGGACUACAUCAACGACCGGCAGUAUGAGUCCCGGGGACGCUUCGGAGAGUUGCUCCUGCUGCUGCCUACACUACAGAGCAUCACCUGGCAGAUGAUCGAACAAAUACAGUUUGUCAAACUCUUUGGCAUGGCCAAGAUUGACAACCUGCUCCAAGAGAUGCUCUUAGGAGGUUCUACUAAUGAGGCACCUCACACACCACACUCUCUGCAUCCACAUCUGGUUCAGGAACACCUUAGCAACAAUGUCAUCGUGGCUAGCAACAUGGCUACUUCCAUCCACAACGGCCAAAUCUCCUCCAGUUCAGAACACUAUAAAAUGGCUCAAGGGGUUAUAGCCACUGUGCCCAAGAAUCCUAUCUCCAUCCCUCAGCCCACCAUCACCAAGCAAGAAGCCAUCUAACACAGAACUGGACCCCACAAACCCGUCCAACAAAGCAUUCACAAUUUCACCAUCUUCGCUAGCUUCUCGGUUUCUCUGUAAACAUGCUCAGUAUAAAGGUGCAACAAUAAUUCUCACAUGUGAGAAAUACAUAUUUUCCAAAAAUCUCAGGAGUGUACUGUACAGUUAGGUUACAUUAGUCAACUAGCCCCCACCUGAGAUACUGUACAUACGGUAGCCCUACUCAUAUUGUUGCAUGUAGUAUCAAGCUGACACAGUAAACUGCUAAACAACCUCAUUUGUGGGCAAUAUGAUAUGCUCUUUGACAUAGUUGUACAGGUUAUCUAUACCCUUAUACACAGAGUUCAAAUUAUGAAUGGGUAAAUAAAAUAUAACUGUAUACAUAUUAGAUAGGUUUCUUAAUCACAUUGAAAUUGUAUGAAUGUUACAAACAGGCCUUAUAUCUGUGAUGAGGCAGAUCAUGAUGUUAGUGUUACACAGUCUUUUCAAAGACUGUUGUCAAUGGCAAUACAAGUCUUGUUGACUGAUAUAGUCACUCACAACUUGUACCCAGAAAUAAGAAUAUAACGACAUUGUCAUGUUUUGAAAUAAUGUAAUUAUGUGACAGACGGAGAUAUACAGGUAUGAUAGGUAGUCAAUUGGUUCUGAAAGGACAAAUUUAACUUUUUUAAGUUAUCUUGUACUUGCUGUAUGACAGUUGUGUUGCAUUGAAAUCCAGGUUUAAGAUAUCCCUGUCUAUAUACACUGGAAAUCGCUAGUUGUGUAGUAAAACAAAGUAAAACGCUUAAAUGUUCGAAUUAAAACAGCUCAGUUCAUUUAAUACUGUAUACUUUCUGUGGAGCCACUUUAUAAAUGUUUAAGGCAUUCACAGUGUUUUACCCAUUUCAAAUAUAUUUUUUUGCAGUUUCACUGUAAAGACCUGGUAGUGUUUUUUGUUUGACCAUGGAAUGUUAUUUUGUCAUGGUAUUAUAACUACAUGACAGAAUACAUGUUGCCUUGCCAUCUGUACUUCCUUAUACUGCAAAGAUGGGCAAUAUGUUUCACCUUACAAUGUGAAGAUGAAUAAAAUGUCAAGGUUUAUUUUUA